CAUGACUCCAGCAGACAGGACGGUGACGCUGCCGGGCUGAAGCUGGGGGUUUGUGGGGAGACGUUUUCCUUGAAAAUGAUGGAAAUGUUGCAGCGGCAUCAAAGAGUCGUGUUUAGGUUUUCUGAGUUCAUCCUAUGAGAAAGUGGAGGAGAGACGGAGUCUGGCACCGCGUGCUGCAAUUUCGUCGGGAGUUCUUCCAGCGGUGAGGAGGAAAGCUGUUCAUCAUCAUCAUCUGAGGAGGAGGAGGAGGAGGAGGACACGAUGAAGACGAUGGACAGCUGUGGAUAACGAGCUGAGACAUUUAUGUCCCGUCAGAACCGACCGGGACGGACUUCACACACUUCUGUCUGUGCUGUGAUCGAUGGGGGAAAUGAGUGACGACUUGGUCGAACACUGUAAACAGCUUUUCACAGUGAAGCGCCGCGGCCAUCACUCACACACGUGACCGAGGCCGAUCACACGUCCCGUGUCCAGCGGUUACAUGAGGAGCAGCAGGCCCAUAAAACGCUUCCACAGAGUCCAAGUGAACUGAACUCCUCCUCCCCCUUCUCCCCAUCUUCCUCCCCCCACCCCCUCCUUCUCCUCCUCGCCAUCAUCCCAUCGCUGUGCGCAUCUGCGGGGCUGCAGGAGCAGAGCGGUAUGAGUGAGACUUAGUCGCUGUCCUCGGGUCCUGCUCACAGGCAUGAAAGACAUUUAGAUGAGAGACCAGUGGGGACCCGGGCUCGUCUGAUAUUUCUGAUUAGUCCUUGAUCCGCCUUCAUCAUGGGAUUACGCGUUCUUGGCGCGCACUUUUACGCGUUCGCGUGCGUCUAUUUAUUUGCCUUUUUCCUGCAAGCUUCCCAUUCCCAGAGAAGUCCCGGGACUCAGCAGGUUAAUGGCCAGAGAGCGGCUCCCAGGCACACGCUCCAGUGGUCACACAACGGCCAGGUGUUUAGCAUUUUCAGCCACGGCUCGCAGUACCAGCCACCGAGGCGCCGCGGCGCUCAGCAGGAGCAAGUGCAGCCCGGAACCGUCACCAUCACCCGCGAUGGGGGCGCGCGGGGACAUUCAGACAACCAGAGCCCGUCAGGUGUCCACCAGGAGCAGCAGCAGCAGCAGAAGCAGCAGCAGCAGCAGCAGCAGCAGCAGCAUCCCCGUGGACACGUGUCUCCGCUCCAGCGGCUGUUCAGAGGAUCCGAGCGACGCCAGCAUCACCAGGAGCGCCCGGGGACGCAGACGCGCAACAGGUCCAACGACACCCAGGACAGGGUCUCUGUCAGCCCGUCCCUGCCCAGGAGAGACGACAUGAUGGUCGGUGACGACCCCUAUGACCCCUACAAGUCAUCUGACCCCGACAAUCCAUACUACAAUUACUAUGACGUUUACGAGAGACCCAGACCGAGGUCCAGACCCGGCUAUGGCACAAGGUAUCAUCAGUACGGUCUUCCUGAUCUCGUACCUGAUCCAUACUACAUCCAGGCCUCGGCCUACGCCCAGAGGGUUCCUAUGUACAACCUGAGAUGUGCGGCUGAGGAAAACUGUUUGUCGAGCUCAGCCUACAUGGCCAGAGACUACGACACCCGCAUGCUGCUCCGGUUCCCUCAAAGAGUCAAAAACCAGGGCACCGCUGACUUUCUGCCCAGCAGGCCGCGCUAUUCCUGGGAGUGGCACAGCUGCCACCAACACUACCACAGCAUGGACGAGUUCAGCCAUUACGACCUGCUGGACGCCGUCACUCAACAGUCCAUGGCUGAAGGCCACAAGGCUAGCUUCUGCCUGGAGGACACGUCCUGUGACUACGGAUACUACAGACGAUACGCCUGCACGUCACAUACCCAGGGCCUGAGUCCAGGAUGUUAUGACACGUACAACGCGGACAUUGACUGCCAGUGGAUCGACAUCACAGAUGUGAAACCUGGAAACUACGUCCUGAAGAUCAGUGUGAAUCCAAACUAUCACGUCCCAGAGUCAGACUACAGCAACAACGUUGUACGCUGUGACGUUCGCUACACUGGCAACUACGCCUACGUCUCCGGUUGUCAUAUGUCCAUGUACUAAGUGAAGAUGGUCGAAGAAACCACUGAAAAAGGAGAAAACUGCAGAUAAGAAAAAACAACAUUCCAUCAAAUUGACGUCACUUUUAUAAUCGAAAUUACAGUUUAGGAUUUUUACCCCUCAAUGCUACGUUAAGCUGCUUCUUUGUUUCUUUGUUGUUGUUGUUUUCUUUUUCAUACUUCAUGAUGUACUGUUUUCCUAUCUGUACUAUUUUUCUGAUUUCAAUUUCAUUGGAUGCUUUAUUAGUUAGCCCGCUAGCCCGUGUGACGACUUUAGUAUAUCACAGUUUUAUGAACCACUUGUUAUAAAGAAAAAUGUUUUGUAUUUAUAAGCAACAGAAGAAGAAGUUUCUUUGCUUCAGAGCUUUUGAUGAAACUUGAAUAAAACCUCGUGAAAUUGUAA